GAAAUAUGAAAGGUGCGUGUGAAUGUUUGUUGAUGUUCAACUCGCUCCUUUUGGAAUCCCUUAUAAGUUAUUAUAUUAAAUGUGAUGGAUAGUUGAAUUGGUACUUUGUUAUUCUACCAUCAGGAAAUAGCAGUUGAACAUUCUACAGUCUUGAAAUCUGUGUAUCAGAUAGAACGGAAAUAUCCCCUAUAAAAUGAGUGGCUGUUCAAUGAUAUGCAUCUGAUCUGAAACCAUUUAGAAAAAUUGAAUCGUGAUCUGUGAUCAAAGUGUAGUAUAUUUUAAAGCAGCAUAAUGUUAGGACAUACAACAUUAUUUGUAAAACAUCUGCCAUCUGAGUUAAGUGUAGCUGACAGAGAAGAGUUAUUGAAACUUGUUGGUGCAGUUAAAGUGAACAUCAUGCCAGAUAAUGGAAAAAUGAAAUAUACAGCUUUUGCUACAUUUCAGACUCAUGAAGAUGCAAAAUAUGCAUUGUCCUUAUUACACCAGAGAAAAAUCUUUGAUCAUCAUUUAGUUGUAGAAUUUGCAAAAGAACAACAUCAGAAUUUUGUUCCACAUGAAAGUGAUUAUGUCCCUUUUCAAAAUGUAUCAGUGAAAGAGAGUGCUAGUAAGUCGUCAGAGAAAGAAGUCUUGAGAUUAGAUAUGGAAGAUUUCUCCCGCAAAUUACAUGGAAUUGCUCCUGCUCUUGGCUUAGACUAUUUGCCUUCUCAACUUCUAAAAUAUAAAUAUCCACCACCAACACCAACAAUAAUUCAAAAUAUUGCUCAUGCAUUAGCUUCAGUUCCUAAAUUUUAUACCCAAGUACUGCAUCUCAUGAACAAAAUGAAUCUUCCAGCUCCAUUUGGUCCUUUAACACCAGCACCACCACUAGCUCCUGAUUUACCAGCAAAAACAGAAAAUACAUCAGAAAUUAUGGAUAGAGAUUCCUUUGAAGUAGAAAAUAUGGCUGUUACAUCUUCAGAAGAAUCUGAAUAUGAAAGUGAAUCAGAAGGAGGUGACCAUAAAAUCCCUGAAAAAGUUCUUCCACAAAAAAGACCAAUGCAAAAACCAAAGCAUAAAAGAAAAAAGCAAAAGUUAGCCAAUCUUAUGCCAAUGCCGAAUGCUAGUACUGGGCGCCAAAUUACAGAACCAUCAGAGGUAUUUGAAGUACAAACUAUAAGUCAGAAAAAAAUUAAUGUGAAGAAAAUAGAUCACCUUACGUCUGCUGUUGGGCCAACACCAGUUAUUGAACCUUGUGGAAGUUUUGGAGCCAUUGAAGCUCCUAAACCAGUUACAGGCAAUGAAGGGAAUCAGAAAGAGCCUGGGGAAGAUGAAUGGGAUGAUUCUCAAUUUAUAACUUUGGAAGCACUGCGGAAAAAGAAAAUUUCAUCUAGGGAAAUGAAAACUAUGUCAGUAUUUAGAAAUUUUUCACCUGGUGAACCAUCAGUUCGUUUGUAUAUAAAAAACUUAGCUAGACAAGUAGAAGAAAAAGAUUUGAGGUAUAUUUUUGGAAGGUUUAUAGAUAGAAAUUCAGAGCAAGACAGAAAUAUGUUUGAUAUUAAACUUAUGAAAGAAGGUAGAAUGAAAGGACAAGCUUUUGUAACUCUAGCUAAUGAAAAACAAGCAACCGAAGCUAUUAAAGAAACAAAUGGUUUUGUGUUACAUACAAAACCAUUAGUUGUGCAGUUUGCAAGAUCAGCUAAACCAAAAGAAGAAGGAAAAAAAGAAAAGAAAUCAUAAAAUCAUAGUGUUAAGAAAUUUUAUAUUUCGUACUAAUGAAUUUUUUAAAAAUUAUUAGUAUUGAGAAUACUGAUAGUGUUUUGCUUUCAUUUCAGUAUUUGAAGAUGACAGAAGAGCUGGUCAGUGUUAAAAUCUUAUUUUUUGCCAAAGCACGUGAAAUUAUGGGGAUAUCUCAAAUGGAAAUGAAAUGUUCUAAAGGACCAUUUACUGGAGAAACUCUAAUGAAAGAAAUUAAA